AUGGUAAGCUACCCCGCGAUGAUGUGUGAAGAGGCCCCACACAUAACGGACAUUUUUGCCCUGGCAUCUACGCCAAAGGCACUUCUCUCUGCCGGUGGUUCUUCCACCAUUCAUGUUCAUGACACCACAGACCCAGCCUUUCCCCUGAAGCAGAGCAUAUCCAACGCCCACAAGCUAGGCUGUCACCACCUCUGCACGUCAAAAAAUGGGCGGUACGCCGCCAGCGCGGGGUUCGGGGGCGAGGUCAAGAUCUGGGCGCUCAAUACAGAGACUGGUGAAUGGAGCAGCACGGGUGAGAUAAGCGGCAGCUCCGUUCAGGCGGGCGAGGUCUGGGCUCUGGCCCUUAGCGAAGACGGCGGCUACCUGGCCAGUACCACCCACGACGGCCGGAUCAACGUCUGGGACGUGACCGAUGAGGCAAAGCCCAAGAUCCGCGAGUACGAGACGGGAAGCGCAGGCUCAGGAAGCUUUGGCAUGUGCGUCGACCUCAGCAGAGACGGAAAGUUUACCGCCAGCGGCCAUCAAAACGGCGCCAUCUACAUCUUUGACAAUGAUACGGGGCGCAUUCUCUACUCACUCUCUGGACUGGCGAAACCGGUGCGCGCUGUGGCCUUUUCGCCUGGCAAUACGCGAUUGGCGGCUGCGGGUGACGCUGGCAUCAUCGCCCUGUACGACAUGAAGCACGGAGAACACAUUGGCAACCUGACUGGCCACUCUUCAUGGAUCACAACGAUUGACUGGAGCGACACUGGCGAGUAUCUCCUGAGCGGAUCUAUGGACGGCAAAGUUAAGGUAUGGUCCGUAGAGCGCACCGACUGCGUGGCGACGCACAGUGAGACGGACAAGGCGCUAUGGGCAGUGCGGUGGCUGCCCAAGACUGGUCGCAGCGAGAUGUUUUGCGCGGCCGGCGCCAACAGGAGCCUGUCAUUUUACCGCGAGGCUACCGGUGGUUAG